AUGUCCGUCACGCCUCGAGAGGCCGAAGCAUAUGAGCUUCCUUCUCUCCGAGCUGAAUCCAAUUCCAAGGGCUAUGACGAAGGAGAAGAGAUCAGUCAAGAGGACGCAAGGCUACUCGGUAGAUCAGAUGAGAACAAAAGUGGAGGAGAAGAAGAAUCAGAAGGUGAUCCAGCUACGUACAGAAGGGCAGUAGAAGACGAAGAGAUUAUAGGGAAAGGUACCAAUAUAGAAGCUUUGGUAGCCCGUACCGUCCCAUCAACAGAUGAUCCUACACUACCCACGUUGACUCUACGAGUACUGGUACUUGGAUCGACCUUCUGCAUCUUAGGAGCAUGUUCAUCGAUGGUUUUUUACUUCAAAUCUAAUGCGCCUCAAUUCUCCCAGUAUUUCGUUAUAUUAGCUACAUACCCUCUCGGACACAUACUAGCCAAUGAGAAGAUGAUACCUAGAGGAAAGAGGAUAUUCGGGUGGGAGCUAAAUCCUGGAAGGUUCUCUAUCAAAGAGGCAAUUCUGGUCAGUGUUUUGAGCUCAUCGGGAGCUGCUGCUGCUUAUGCGGCUGAUAUAUUGGCGAUCAUGGAUUUGUACUAUGAUACACCCGUCGGACGACUACCUUCGAUAUUGUUGUUAUUGACUACGCAGUGUAUCGGAUUCGGACUGGCAGGAAUGCUGCAAAACCUCCUCGUCAAUCCUCCAGCAAUGUACUGGCCCUCCACCCUAGUCACCGUCCAACUAUUUACCACACUCUACUCAUCAACUUCUUCGGUCUUGUCAACCGCUGCUCAAGCCAUGACAACCAAGAGAUUACGUAUAUUCAUGAUUAUAUUCCUUAUCACAUUCAUCUAUCAGUUCUUACCCUUCUUGCUCUUUCCCACAUUGACAUCGGUAUCGGUACUGUGUCUGAUGAAUAACGAAUCAUGGUGGAUGAGGACAUUGGGAAGUGGAUAUUCCGGACUUGGCGUGGCCAAUUGGAGUUUCGAUUGGAGUAGUAUUGGUUCUUCUGGUCCUUUGUAUACUCCCUAUUGGGCUCUGGGAAAUUACUUUGGUGGUUUGGUAGGGAUGAUAUGGGUAAUCAUGCCCCUCAUCCUAAUUACCAAUUUCUGGUCAGCCAGAUCAUUCCCUUCACCCGUCUCUGCAGGUCUAUACAAUUCGACAUUCCAAAAAUUCGACGUGACAUCAAUAUUGAAACCUGAUUUAUCGUUGGAUGAAGUAGCUUAUGAAACCGCAAAACCAUUAUUGCUUACUCCAUAUUUUGCUAUCACAUACGGGUUGAGUUUUGCUGCCCUGUCAAGUGUGUUAGUACAUGUAUGGCUAUGGCACCGAGAUGAGAUUAAAAAAGCUUUAUCGAAACGCGGUCAUGAUCUGAAUGAUGUUCAUAACAAGCUCAUGCGAUCGUAUCUUCCCGUACCUUCAUCCUGGUAUAUCGGCUUGUUGGGGGUGAAUUUCGGUGCAGCAGUGAUACUUGUCAAGACUACUCCACUACAAAUGCCUAUAUGGGCUCUGAUACUUGCUAUGGCAAUAGCUACGAUCUUCUUGGUGCCUGUUGGGAUCAUAGCGGCUGUUAGCAACACGCAGAUAGGAUUGAAUGUCUUGACCGAAUUCGUUGCUGGAGUUCUCAUGCCUGGAAAACCGAUUGGAAAUGUGACUUUCAAAUGCUACGGAUAUAUGGCUAUGUCACAAGCUCUUGCUCUCACAUCCGAUCUGAAACUCGGCUGGUACACUUCUAUACCUCCUAGAGAGAUGUUUGCGUGUCAGAUACUAGGUACGGUGCUAGGUGCUUUAGCCAACUAUGUCACUCUGGAAUCUGUACUGGAGUCCAAACGACCUUUCCUCAACGGCUCGGUAGUAGAUCCGACAGGUCAAUGGACGGGUAGAGCGCCAGCAAUAUUUUACUCCGCUUCAAUCAUAUGGGGUGCAGUAGCUCCCGCGAGGUUCUUCAGUGGAGGGUAUGAAGUGCUGUAUCUCGGUUUUCUCAUUGGUGCAAUUGUACCUUUAGCUUGUUGGUGGGGUCAUAAGAGGUGGCCUGGAUAUAAAUUGAACAAAGUUGUAUUUCCGAUCAUAUGUAGCGGCGCUACAAUUGUACCCCAAUACCCAACGAAUAUCAUCCUCACAUCGAUGAUAGUCGCUGUCCUGUCGAACUCGUACUUCGCCAAGAGAUAUCCCAAGACACACGGUAAAUACAUAUACGUGAUUUCAUCUGCUCUAGAUGCUGGUACUUCCAUCACUGCCUUGACGAUAUAUGUUCUUUUCGGAGGGGUGAUAUGGACGUGGAAUGGUCCGGAAUGGUGGGGUAAUGCAAGGGGAGAUACGGAACAUUGCGUCCCAGGGACUUGA